AUGGCCGAUGGCAAACCUGCACAACCUAACCUGCAACACAGCAACUGGGAUGCAGAAUUCUUGCUAAGAUUUGACAAUAUGUGUCAGCAGUAUUGGAGAGGCUGGGAGGAAUGGCGAAAGCCACCUAUGAUGCCUGCACCCAUGGAGCUACCUCCAGACAGAGCUCUGGAGCUUCAGUGCCCCCCUCCUGAACUGGAAACCCAGAAGGUUCAAGCACCUACCCGCAGUCCACACUCUGAGAAGCAGAACAGUCGCCCAGGACUCCGAAGCCCUCCCACAGGGACGGUGAGAGAGGCUUAUGGACAUGGGAAGCAGGAUCCUGCUAACAACAUGGGCUGUGGGGAUGCUGAAUGGCGCGGCAACAUGGGAGGCGAGAAUUCCAUGCUGUCUCUACCCGCACUCGGUCUGACCAUCACGGGCAUAGGCUGA